GAAACCAGAAAGAAGAAAGCACCAUGAAAGAAAUCGAAACUUUGGCCAGUCCUUUUAUGACAACCGUCAAUGUCCGACGACCACAAAGGCUCAACAGUGUCGCAGAGAAGUCUCCGCUUCUUGAUUUUUUUCUCGAAAGAAACAGUGUACAAAUUUCCAUUUGGCAUACCUGUACAUACCGUACUAGAACUGCUGUGCAUUGGUCUUGAUCGGUGCAAUUGCUGCUUCGCUUGGAUACUGAGCCCUUUUUUGAAUUUUGUUCGAGCCAAACCUAUUGAAGUUUAGUAUCAUCAAUAGAGGACCAUGAAGAAAGCUCUCAAGGGCAGCAGCAACACUGGCGGGUACAAGUCAUUCGAUAAAAAACAACCCUUCGUCCCUCCUGCUUCCCUGAUCAAACUGAAACGAUCUGCCUCCACGACCAGUGCGAGCCGCCGAUACCCCGACAUUCAAGGAGAUACCGUCAACCUAGAGUUGAGUGAGUACCAGUACUAUGACGACGAUCAAACAACAUUCGAUCUGGGACUCGUAAACACCGGUCAUGAUACUACCACCGUGACAGAGCCUGAAACCGACUUUGAAGAGCUAGUGGCAUCACCAAAUAGGAUAGCCACAAUCAACCAGCUCAAACCUUGGAGCAGUCGUCCUCUCAAGAAUGUUACCAAAAAGUAUGUACCGCUCUCGGAACGACUCAAGCUCAAAAAGAAGUUUCCCGCUCGACAUGCCGAUGCUGUGGAGGAAGAACCCCCUGCUAGACCGUCCACGCCACCCAAAAAGAUCAUUCUGGAACCAGUGCAGACAUAUACUACAGGUGAAAACGUAGAGAUGCAACUUGGACGUUGUCCGUCUAGUGACAGUAGUGAAGUUGUCUUUAUUCAUCCACUGGACACGGAGGAUGACCAUGGCGACAAACAGAGCAAGCAACCGCCCCAGGACCAAACUGUUACCCCCGCUGACCCCGAUGAGUCAUCGGUACGGCAAAAAAGAGCCUCCUCCUCCGCCGACAGUGUGGCGCAACCUCCUGCUCCAGUAGUCGAGAAACGACAAGCGAUGGAACCUCCUUCCCAUGUAUACCAUUCCGAUACAUCGUCGUUCCUAGCCGAAGAUUUGAUAAAUCAGGCAGAUGACAAGAGUUUUUCAAGUAGGAUGAUGGAUGCGGCUGCUUCGUUUGUCAAGAUCGACCGCGUCUCCUCAUUCCGCACCGACAGUGGCAGGAGUAGCAGUGGCAAGAGUUGCGGCUCGUCCGUGGUUCGCCUCAAGCGUCGCUUUGAAAAGGACGCUUUCACCAAAGCCAGAAUGGAAGACCCUCCUAUUGACAAGAUUGCCGUGGAUCCAACUUGCAAAGACUUGCAACGUGCCUUUGCUUGUGCUGUUGCCGCUGAUGCCGACGGUUCCUUCGAACAUGAAGCGACAGACGUGGCUUCUCUCCAGACGGGUCGCUACGAAACGCAGUUGCUCUCGUUUGCGGGGUCAAGAAGUGACGCUCCAUCCACCAAACUGGCCACUCUGUUGGAAGCUGACACGGCAUGCUCGGACGUGCCCGAGGUGGAAGCCAUCUUGAGUGACCUACACAUGCAGGAACUUGGAGAAAUCGAAGCUGUCUACGGACUUCGGAGAGUUUCCGAUGUGGCAGUGGAGAGUGACGACGAUUCAUCGAAGCAACGGAAAGAUCAGCCAGUCAGGAGUGACCCGCCCAGAAGUGACCCACCCGACGUUGAGUUGGUUCCGUCUAUAUUGUCGUCCGAGGAACAAAGCGAAGGCGAGAUUGUCAAGGUCCGAAAUGAGCCCUGCUUGGACUCGCGCCACACUGGUGAUACCCGGCGGAGUGCCAAACAAGAAUGUUCCCCCUCUCGCCAAGAUCCACACUCGGACGAUGUGCGAAGGGACCCUAGCUUUGAGAUUUCCAAGGAUCCUAGCUUUGACUCUGAUGCAAAGCCUGCGCCUGUGAAACUCGAUGGAGAAGAGCAUCAUUUGAUCGCUUCCUUACGUGCAAACCCAGUCAAGAAGGAGCCUACUAGUAGCCGAGGACUUGCAGAACCUGAGGGAGACUUUCGUCGCCCUGGACAAAAACAGGCUGCGUCCGUGGCCGCAACUCAGCUGGAGCCAUUGUGUGCCCCCAAACAGGAGCCUUCACGAAGACCCAGGCUUGAUCCCGAUGCUUCUGAUCCCGCUCAACCGGCCGUUAUUUACCCAUAUCCUUGUGCAGGUCAGUAUCCAGGCUACCCGGGGUAUCCUCACAUGGCGCCAGGUGUACCGAUGCAUUUCCCGCAUGCCGCAAUGGGAAUCCCGGGUAUGGGCAUGCCCGCACCCAUGCAAGAUCCCCAGGUUUAUGGCAUGACAUCUUCUCCAUGCUUGUCCCCGACAUCGCAAGCACCACCUGAUGCUGCGGGAACUCCGCCGCGCGAAGAUACAGAAGCGGAGCCGGCGCAUCGUCCUCCUUUGCCCCCCACUGACCCUGCGAGUACUCAAGGGAUUCUCAAAUCCAAUGUCCGCUGGUCCGAUCAACAAGAAAAGCAGCAAAAUCUUGCCGAAACAAGGGUCUUUGAUGGGUCCAAUGCAGCACGUGAAGUGUGCUUAGAACCCGACGCUGCGAGUUCUGAUUCUCCUCCCGAUGUCCGUCGACUUAACCGAGACGGAAACGAUCCAGCGAACCCUUUGCCGCCUCUUACCAAGCCAGAAACGCCCGACGUACCAGAGGUCCCAGCUGAACCAGAACCGCCAAAACCUCCAUUCGAGCCCUCUACUUCCGCCAGACCUAAUGAUCAGACUGUGACUCUAGAGCAGGAAACAAACACUGUGAAUGGAACUCCCGAGCGCGUUGCUGUCGGACAAUUUGAAGACAAUGUUGCAGAUGCGAAUGCUGUGCUCUUCAAGUCGAGUCCAGACAGCACGCCAGAGCGCGAUAUUUGUGACUGCGACAUGAUUGACCCUCUGACAGGCCUUCCUCCUUCCCCUCGUGGUGUCACGGAGGACAUGCACAUGGUUGCUGUUGCAGUUGCAGCUGCCGUGGGGUCUGAUUCGAUGCCACCAUGCUCCGUUAUCAACGUUCAAGUCCAGGAACCCGUUGAGGAUUUGUCGAUUGAUGCCGACAACAAGUCGGCAUCAAGUCGUCCUUCAAUCUUGGAAACCACUUUCGACGCUGUGCACAACAUGAUUCCACCGAAAUGGGGAGUGAAACUCCAGCAAGCGAAAGAUUACAAAGAGUUUAAUUUCAACAGUGGUGGAAAGAAUAACUACUCCAGCCUUUACGGGAAGGCUCAUCCUUCUUUCGGAAGAGGGCCCCUUGAGGAUAAGAAACGAAAAGGCCCUGUGAAGGGGAUCAUUGAUCAGUUUCAACGAUUUGCACACUUUAUGGAAUCGGAUGGAGCAUCUCUCUGCGGAAGUGAAAAGGGUAGCCAUCCGGGACGGAGGAAGCGCACUGGAAGAUCAGUCUAUACAGAGGGUUCAACAACCUACCAGAGCACCAAGAUGUCAUCAGAAUCAGAAUCACCUCCAACCAGAACCAGACGAGGAAGGGGUUCAAGAGUGCAUUCCACAAGAUCAGUUUCGCCAAGUACAUUACGAAGGGCACAUGUUAGCAGCUCUGUGUACUCGGUGGGCUCUCACUCGCCUGACCGCGAUGCCAUUCCAAUGCCCACAACGUCUAAACCAACGGUUGUUCUGGGUGCUGCCGAAGACGUGACCGAUAACAUGUAUUCCCCAGCAUACAUGAGUGCCACAAUCCAGUCCUCGAGACUCCAGGAAGGGAGGCAUGCCUCUGACUCGCGAACCGCACAAAGGCUGGCUGCAACCACUCAAGGUCAAGAAUGGAAGGCGUUUGAAGAGGAUUCAGUGAACCGUGAGUCGCCAGCGGCGUCAAAACCGGAGGCACCAAAGGCAUCCACUCGAGGUCGAGAAUGGAAUGCGUUUGAAGAGGAGUCAGAGAACCGAGAUGCUGAGUGGUGCCCAAAGCCUCCUUUGCAUUCUUCAAGGAGGGUAUCUGCACUAAAGUCCUCCAUGAAAGUCAAGAAGGACAGAAAUGGCAUCCCUCUACGAGGGCCUUCCAAAGGCCUCCGAGAUACAGGUGAAGGCGGUCGCUUUGGAGGCGGCCGUGGUAGUGGAGACCGGCUUGGAAGCCUGUGAUGAGUGCCGGUUGGACCUUCUUUGCCUCGCUCCUUUCAACCCCCUUUAGAACCUGGCUGAUUGUAGCUGAUAACAGGCUGGCUAGUGGUAUUGUGGCUCCGUCUUGGAAUCAAUGGGAGCUCUCAUACCAAGUCUAGUUAAACUUGAGUUUUGGAGCCGAAACAGUCUUCUCAAUAGAAGUAGGCCAUUUUGUUGUCAGUCCUGGUGUGGAUCCUGGAGUUGGUGUACAGGAUGGGCCAGUGUAGCAGGUGUUGUGUGGUUGUGUAGUGCAGGUCUUGGACUUGGGCCAUGUGUGUGUAGUUCCAGGAGUUGGAAAUGAUGUUCUUCAUGCAGAC